CUCUGGCAGCGCCGGUCGCACGCAUGGCGCGCGUCAGGUAAAGGGCAUGCGGCCCGCGCUCGCCGCGCUCGCGGCCUGCUGCGUGGGGGCGCGCGCCGAGCUGCCCUCCGCGCGUCUUCCCGCGCGCAACACCACCGCCGCGCACGUGCUCCAGUGCGAGGACGGGCUCGUGCUCCCCGCCUGGCUGCCCCUCGAGGAUGUGCCCACGCUGCACAUCGCCAUCCGCGGCCUCGUGUACUUCCUGACGCUCAUGUACCUCUUCAUCGGCGUCUCCAUCGUCUCCGACAGGUUCAUGGCCGCGAUCGAAGUGAUAACGUCGCGGGAAAAGGAGGUGCGCGUGCGACGAAACGGCAGCGACCAGAUCAUUGUCGUCCGAGUGUGGAACGAGACCGUGGCCAACUUGACGCUGAUGGCCCUCGGGUCCAGCGCACCGGAAAUAUUGCUCUCGGUCAUCGAAAUCGCCGGAAAGAACUUCGAAGCCGGCGAGCUAGGACCCGGCACCAUCGUCGGAUCCGCCGCUUACAAUCUGUUUGUGAUUAUUGCAAUAUGUGUCGCGGUGAUACCUGAUGGAGAAGUGCGAAAGAUUAAGCAUUUAAGAGUGUUUCUAGUCACUGCCACUUGGUCCAUAUUCGCGUACGUAUGGCUCUAUUUAAUUCUAGCGGUGAUAUCGCCCAGUGAAGUGGAAGUUUGGGAAGGCACUGUCACUUUCAUGUUCUUCCCUGCCACAGUGAUGACGGCGUAUAUUGCGGAUCGAAGGCUCCUAGUUUACAAAUAUCUGAAAAAAGGUUAUAGAGUUAACGAGCGUGGUGUGAUUGUAGAAGGGGAGGGCGACGGAUCCGUUGAAAUGGCCCUGAAACCCAACGCCGACGAGUUCGCCUCGGACGACGAAGAAGGUCGAGAGCUAGAGAGAUCCCGCAAAGAGUACAUCACAGUGUUGCGAGAACUAAAAAGGCAACAUCCCGAAGAAGAUCUAGAGACAGUAGAGAGGAUGGCGUUAGAAACUUUGAUGGCUCGGGGUCCGAAAUCACGUGCUUUUUACAGAGUAUCAGCGACGAGAAAGAUGAUCGGUGGAGGAGAUUUCUCCCGGAAAAUACACGAAAGAGCUCAGAGUGACCUGAGCGAGGUAAAGGCUGAAUUGCAGCGUCGGGAUUCAGCUUCUGUAGUGGCUGAACCGAAAGGCCCUAAUGUUUGUUUCGAUCCAGACCACUAUACCGUGAUGGAAAACUGUGGAUCGUUCGAAGUGAGAGUAAUACGCCGCGGCAAUCUUAACGGGGAAGUAACCGUGCAGUACACCACAGAAGAUGGAACCGCGGAGGCUGGUUCAGACUACGUGGCAGCUCAAGGCUCGCUGACAUUUGGCAAUGGGGAAACAGAGAAAAAGUUUACCGUCCAAGUGAUAGACGACGAAGUAUUCGAGGAAGAUGAGCAUUUUUACGUGCGGUUAACAUCCCCAAAAGGCGCUUGUCUGGCAUCUCCAUCCACCGCAACGGUAGUGAUUUUGGAUGACGAUCAUUCCGGGGUAUUUUCUUUCCCUCAGAGGGAUUUCGAGUUGACGGAAUCGGUUGGGACUUACGAGCUGCGUGUUGUUAGAACGGCCGGUGCUCGGGGCAAGGUGAGGAUUCCUUACUGGACGGAAGACGGCACAGCUAAAGGCGGUGCUCAGUACGAGACUGUGCAAGAUCACGUCGUUUUUGAAAACAACGAAACUGAGAAAUUUAUCCCCCUUCAUAUCAUAGAAGAGGACAGCUACGAAAAAGAUGUCCUGUUCUACGUCAACCUCGGCAACCCGGAACUACUCGGGGAUGACAAUCGUCCAUUGAUGCCUGGCUAUGAAGUUGACCACGUUCAGAAUCUGACCACGCUGCCCGAGGAGGAGGCAGUGGUGGCCAUGAUGGGCUGGCCCCGUGCGGGAGAGAUCACCCGAGCGCAGCUUAGAGUUAAGGAGAGCAAGGAAUUUAAGAACACUGUAGAUAAAUUAGUGCAAAGAGCAAAUGCAUCAAUCAUAAUCGGCACGUCAUCAUGGAAAGAACAGUUCUCGGAGGCUUUGACGGCGAAUCCUGAUAACCCAGACGAGCCGCCUUCAGUGUCGGACUACGUGCUCCAUGUUGUGACGGUCUUCUGGAAGAUAUUAUUUGCUUUAAUUCCACCCACAGAUAUUGGCGGCGGCUACCUCUGCUUCGUAGUGUCAAUCAUCUGCAUAGGUCUGGUCACUGCAGUUAUCGGCGACGUGGCCUCACACUUCGGCUGCACCCUGGGCAUUAAGGACUCAGUCACUGCCAUCAUAUUCGUUGCCCUGGGGACGAGUAUACCUGACACCUUCGCGAGCAAAGUGGCAGCCAUACAAGACAAGCACGCGGACGCGUCCGUGGGCAACGUCACCGGCUCCAACGCUGUCAACGUAUUCCUGGGCAUUGGAGUCGCGUGGACUGUAGCUGCGAUAGUCCACUGGAGUAAAAACGAAAAGUUUCACGUGGAGCCUGGCAACUUAGCGUUCAGCGUCACCAUGUUCUGUUCAGAAGCUAUCGUAGCCGUCAUAGUGCUCGUGAUACGGAGGAGAAAGUCCGUCGGUGGUGAGCUGGGGGGUCCUCGUGGUGUCAAGAUCGUUACAUCCAUCUUCUUUUUCUCUUUAUGGCUCAUAUAUCUCACCAUGUCCACUUUAGAAGCUUAUGAUUUUAUUGAAGGGUUUUAAAUCUAUUGAAAGAUAGUUUUAAGAUUGUCUACAUUCGAUUGUGGUAUUAAGAGUUACAACGCCCGGAAUUCAUAGUAAUAACUUUUUUUUUUAAUCGUAAGUACUUAAAUCUGAAAUGGGGAUGGCUGUAGGUAUAUACCAAGUUAGCGGAACUGAAGAUCUAAAUAGUCCAUUCAGUUAGACAAAAUUUGUAAAAUUAUAAAUUAAUAAAGAAGUUAAAAUAAAAUUUGAAAAAUUGAAAAUUUAAUUCAUGAUGCAAUUUGUCUCUUGUUUAAAUUUAAUUCAUGAAUAACAAUAAUUAUUUUAAUUGUAGGAAUAAUUAUUUUGUCUUAUCAAAAUAUAUUUUUAAAAUUUCGGGCGUUAUUCUUUCAACUCUUUGCAAAAUACAUAUUUGAUACUUUAACUAAGUGUAAGCAUCAAAUAUAUUGUGGGAAACCGCAGAUCGAAUUAAAUCAGGAUAAGUAUUAAAUUGGAUAAAAGAACAAUGGAAAUGUUCUAUGAAGAUAGAACAUUUCAAAAGAUAGAUAUUUUAUUAGUGUUUUAGAAUAUAAAGUAGAAGGUACUAUAAUCUGUUUUUAUUUGAGCAUCCAACCAUGAUGUAUAGUUUGACUACAUUUAGGAGUCUGUUGGCCUUUUGAUGUAGCUGUGAAUUAGAUUGUGUGAAACCUUAGAUUAAACCUUAGAUUAUCUAGUAUUCUAUACUCUAUGAAAUCUAUAGUAAAGACAGACUGUUACAGUAGACAGACAGGAAACGGAAAGGAAAAGGGUUGGUAUAUAAAGCAAAGGAACUACAGACUUAUUACUGACUUGCUCGAACCUUACCACUACAUCCAAAGCUAAACGGACUAUCCGACAUGGAUUGACAAUACCAGCCCCUAUUUAUUUAGUUUUCGAAACGUUUGCGAUCGUAGAAAGAGAAUCCACGGCCACUUGACUACAAAGGCACUACAUAUAGACCUAACCAACAAUAAAUUGAAGGUAGGUAAACCAUUCAAAUGAAUGUUAUAAUUAAACCAAGCGAAUGAAAUGCUACACUUCCCUACAAAAUAAAUACAAAUCAGACAACAGAACCACAUGAAAAGAACCAAUAGUUGACUCUAGUGAUAACAUUGAUAAUGUUAAUGUUCGAACAAAACCUUUACUAGAAAUGGGCAUUCUCCUUUGCUGAUCAGAUCUUAAAUUAAAAAUUUCCUUCGAAUUUGGAAUUCAUCCACAAAUAAGGAUUUUUCUGUAAAAUUAUCAACCCAUUAUUAUCAAUCAAUCAAUUUAUUGAUAAUAACGGGUUGAUACUUGAUUUCAGUUUAGGUGAAAUUACAUUAAAAAAAAAAAACAAAAAAAAUGCUGGUUAUAGAUAAAAGCAGCACUUUGUUUUUGGCGUUCUACGCCAACAGUAGUAAUGGUAUUUAAGAGUAGCAGCAUCCAUUUGUAUGAGUGAGAUUUAUGCCUUUUUACUCGUUGUUUUUUCAGGUUCAUAAAAAUAAUUAACUGCCUUCCAUGAAGCAUGGAAUCCUAGUGUGGAAGUAAAUAUUCAAUUAUAACUUUAAAUAUACUGGUUCUUUAAAGAUUAUUGUUUUCUUUUUAAAGAAAUAUCAUUAGCCGUGUUAGUGUCUUAUUAUAUUAAUUUAAAAAUGAUAUUAUUAUUUAUCUGAGUAAGAAAAAACCAUUUAUUUUGACAAGUAAGGGUAAGGUACCUUAAAUUUAACAUUUUGGUAAGCAUUAGUUUAGUUGAGAAACUUAAACUUGAAUAUUUAUGUUCAAACGUUAUCCUAUGGAUGGUACUCGUAGUUGGAAGCUCAAAUAAAAAUGGGAAAUAAUGUUUCCAGCAAGAAAAUUGAGGCAAAUGUGCUCAAAUGUACAGGUGUAGAAGUCCAUUAAAGUUUUUUCCUUCUUCCUCUAGGCGUUUCUCUUUCACAUUUUCUGAUAUCAUUACGUGUAUAUAGCCUUGAAGGCUGUGGUAUAAAGGUCUAAUUAGAAUACAAAAUGAAAUAUAUAAAUAUAAUUAUAUUAUAUAACUAAAUGUUUUAAGUAUACAAUAAUUUAGUAGAAGUAGUCCAUUUUUAAGAAUAUUUGUUUAAUAUUUAGAAAAGAGAGUUUUGUUUUGUACAAACGAAUUGUUUUUAAACAUAUACAAUCAAAUAUAAGUAGUUUUGCAGCAUACUUUUCUUAAGUAUACAAUUUUUCUUUUCUAAGCCGUUUAAUUAAACAAUAUACAUGCAUAAUGCUUACUUUUUUUGAAGCAAACUACUCGUAACGGUAAGUUGUAACGUUACGUGUUAGUAUAUUUGUACUAGAAUUAAUUAUUUUUUGUUUAACAAAUCGUUCAUACAAAAUGAAACUAUGUAAAAGAUAGGUACAUAAUAUUUUGAAUGCUAUCUCAUUUUAGGUACCAAUGUAUACAUUAAAUAUUACACUAAAUUUGACUUUCUUUUGCAUAUUAAAAUUAUCACAAAUUAAGAUAAUUAUAUAUUUACAUAAUUGAUGCAAAUAAACAAGACAGUCUGUUUAUACCUACAUUACCUAAAAUCACUCCUAUGUAUGGUGUAUAUGCACAGUAUAGUUAGUUACCUACAUUUAUGUCACAUUACAGGCGUAAGGCAGCAUUGUAGAAUUCGUACCUAGCGAGUUGUCUAUGUUGAGUUAAGCAGAUAAACGUGAUCUUAAGGUUCAAUUUACACUGCCGCAGAAUGAAAUAGACCGUCGAUUACGUCUCAAUUCGAGAGAAUGCUUGAGAAUUCUUGCGAUUGCGCUUUGAGAGACAAGCCUCACAUCCCGCUGAUUCCACAGACGGCACUGAUAGUUGCUUGGGAAAUAAACGAGAAUGCAAGAUUAUUUAAAGAUUUGCUGGAUGUUUUGUCCAAAAAUUCAUUUGCAUUUCAUACCGCGGCGGUGUAGUAUUGCCUAGAAUUAAAAAUGAAAAAUACAACAAUAUAAUAUUAAUUAUGAUUAAUUAUUUCCUAAUUGAAUGCAAAGACUUUGUUUACUCCUAAAUAGAGUACACUUUCGUUUACUAAAGUUACGUAGCUUCAAAAUAUUAUGCCGUAGUUUAUAAAUAACAAAGCCAUUUGCGUAGGUGACAAGGAAAGCGUUGUCGAUAGACAUAAUUAAAAUUAUUUAUAGUGAGGCCAUGUGACGUUAUGUGUUUACGUAUACCUAGUGUUUUUGUAUAUAAGUGUAAUAGAUAUAAUUAACGUAUGCUAUAGCUACCGAGUUUUAUAUUAAGCGAAAAUGACAUUAUAAUAUGGCGUGUGUUCAUUUUUUAGGAUUUUCUAAUCAUUAGUGUCGUCCUACCCUGUAGAUUUUAAUAUAUUUUUUAAUAUGAUACAACGAUGGAGUAUGCCCGACUAGUUGAGAACCCAUACGGACCCUUAGUCAUGAGCGUUCUUGCAACGCGGCACGAUCCAAACGAUUUUUGGACAUCGCUCAUGACUAAGGGCCCCGUAUGGGGUCAUAACUAGUCAGGCAAACUCCGAUGUUGUAUCACGGAAGUGUUUUAUAAUCAAUUAAUAUGAAUAACACUCACGAUAGUUUAAAUUCUAUUUUUUUUUUUUAGAUUUUUUAAACCAAUUAUAAUUUUAUCACCAAUUUGCCAAUUUCUAUAUAUUUUUUAUCAGUUCAAUCGUUAAGUCAAUUUAGAUUCGUUUUUUGUGGCGACAGCUUCCACUUACUUACGGUGUUCUGGAAAUUAAUUAUGUUAUUCACGAGAAUCUCACAAAUCUGAACUACCGAUUCGACUGUUCUGUGAAUUCUUUUAAAAUUAUUAUUUUAUAAUACUAUUAUCGUACAUUGCGUGUACUUUCAUUGUAUAUUUGUAUUACAUACAUGUGUGAUUUCAUGGAGUGUUCUCAGAAUUAGUUUUGUUGUUUGCGAGAAUCUCUCAAUUAAUCUGUGUCCUAAUUUUAACAAAAAUAAUCAUUGUAAGAUAAUGUAUGAUUUUAAAGUUGCUAAAAUGGUUUUUAAUUGUUCCAAUAUUACCCAUGAUAUAAAACAUACGUACAUUUUAGUAACAAAUAUUAUAAAAUCCUUUUCACUGAGAGCACCUUUAUAAUUUAUUAAGUUAGUAAAAAUAAUUAUCUCUAAAAUAAUUAUAUUUUAUUUGUUAUCAUUAUUUUGUUAUAAUAUAAGAAUAAAUUAACCAAUUUCUAAUACUACCUAAUGAUUCUUGAAAUUUGAAUAUGUACAUUAUUUUUUGAGAAUAUACAACCUCAUGUUGUAAAUGUUUAACUUAUAUAAGGAGAGUUUUUUGAAUGUCAGUGACAGUUUCUUUCUAUUUAGCUAAGAGGUAACAUGUAGUAGCAAGAACUUUGCAAUUUUACAAAUACUGAGCUUUUCUAAAUCAGCUAAGUUCUGGCAAUGACAGCCUCUUAGACUUACGAGUAUACUUUAUAAACAUAGGUUAAGAUUUAAACCGCAAUUUUCUUCAAAGUAUAAUGGACCUAUUCGCUACUACUUAAAGUUCUUUUUACUUUGAAGAAAAUUGAGAUUCUAAUUCUUAAUCCGUGUUUAUAAAUAUGGCCGAAAGUGUUAAUAGCAUUGAGAUUGAUGCCUAUCAAGAUACUGUCACUGGCAAUUAAAUAACUAUCCUCGUGUGAGUUACCUUUAAUUAUUAAUUUAUUUAGCGUUUAGAAGUGUCUCCUAGAAAUUUUCAAUACAUAUACUAUUUCCUAUUUCAAUAAACUGCCUAAUAAAAUAUAAUAGAUAAUAAUAAUGAUGAAUUUAGGUACCUGCAUAAAUAAAAGAAGAGAUCAUACGCUUUAUAAUGUAUAGAAAUAUGAAAAUUAGAUGAAAUUUAGAUGAAAUCACCAUCUAGAACAUAGUCAAACCACCGUUAGAAUAAAGUUAUUUAUAUCACAACAGCUUAGAGUAUUUUAUUUAUUUUAAUAAUAUUUUUCUUUUCGAUAAAUCGAUUUAUGUAAUUAAAAUAUUUUCGAUUGGCCAACUUCAGUCAAUUAGUUUUGUUUUAAAUUUUUUAGUUGUAUGUUAUAGGCAAUUUUUCAUUUUUUAGUUUAAAGUUACAUUUGCAGCACGUACCGUUCCUCACCUAACUUUCUAAGUAAGUAUUCAUAUAAUUUCUAACUCUUCUCGAAAAUACUAUUUUAUAAAAUCUUACUCUGAAUAUUUGACGUUUACCACUUUUGCAUGUUCCGGAAAAUAUUGUGUAUUUACCUUGUUUCUACUAAAUAUAUAAAUUUUUGAAUAUAUUUCUCUGUGUAGCUUUGAUAAUGAGUGAUUUCUGAAUACAAUAUCUGACACUGAAUUGUGGUACUACAAUUAUUUUUAUGUUAGAAUGAUAAUGGUAAAUAAAAAAAUAGAACUAGAAACGUUCAAACGAACUAUAACGGCAAAUAACCCUCAGGCGUCGCUUCUAUUAUUUAGAACACGCAACAAUAGCUGAAAGGAAUGCAAAGAAAAACACUCCUAUUCACUACUAUUGCAAAAUAUUUCUUACCUAUACGAGUAUAAAAAAGAAACGAAAAGUGAACGAUAAAACUAUAAAACUAUUACUCUAACAAAACGACUUACUAAAACAUAGCAAUAGAUACUUAUAACCGAUUUCCUAACUUUCCUCCAACUCGACCGAUAAGACGACAAUAUUUUUGGAGGGACAAUAAGGUGGAAAGGCGAAAUAAAAAAAAUUGCUAGCCCAUAUUGGUACCAAAUAGCACAGGACAGGGACAAUUGGACAUAAUUCUGGAGUUCUUGCGUUAUAAAUACAAACUACUAAUGUGCUAACAUAUAUUUAAGUUUUACUAACCAAAUUAAUUGAGUUUACUGACGUAAAAUCAUACCGAACUCCGUAAAAUUUAUGAAAGAAAUCAAAGGCUUUUUUAUUUUCAUUUUAUUUAUACAUUCGAAAUACACAAUACACAAUUCGAAACAGACUUGUAUUAGCUAAGAGGGUUAUAUCCGUUGUAGUUCACAGUCUACCGCAAACUCUACAAUUAUUUGAAAAUUAUUAAAUUAUAUUCAUUAUAAUAAUUUACAAGGGUGUUUUAUAGAACCUGUUUUAUUCUAAAGAUAUGCCAACACAAUUCAGUAGAGGGUACAGCAAAACAUAUUUUGUAAAGACUUCUUUCCAUUAAAGCUGUGCAAAUUAAUAACGAUAGCUUGGAAUUUUUAGAACAGACUGACAGAACAGACAGACAGAUCAAUGACAGACGGACAGAUCAAAGCUAGUGCAGCAAAAAUUAUAUGAAUCAAAUAAACGAUCCAACUUAUUCAUACUUACCAAAUGAACACUUUAACGACCUAAAAAGUGAGUGAAAAGCCCUUGAAUGAUGAAUUAACGAAUGAUACUGCAUUCGUUAAUUCAUCAAUAACAUCACGUUCGACUGAAAUGAGUGAGAAACAUACGAUUAUUCCUAAUAUCUUUGGCAAAAUCUACAGCGUGAUUAUAAAAAAAACAAAUGCCGAAGACUUACAGAGGAUUUUAUUGACAAACGAGGAUGAUCAAACCAUACAAAUAAAGUAUAAAAAUUCAUUGAUUACUUUAACGACACUGAAUUCUCAAAUCAUAUGAAUAGGUAAUCAAAAAAAAUAUUACCUAGAAUUAAUCGGGAAUUAUUUAAAAACACAAUGAAAUAAUUACUAUAAUUGACUUAACUUAAAACUUACUUAAUUAAUUAAGUCUCAACUACUGAUGUAAAAGUAUUAGUAGAUACAAUUUUUAAAUCAUCUAAGUAAUUGUUAUUAUAUUUGCACAGCUUUUAUGGACUUCUAUAUAUUCGCCUUUCUAUAUAAAUAUAUAGCUUUUUCACAAACGGACUGUCUGUCCUUGUCUGGUUUGGACCAAAUUCUUUUUUGAAAUUAUUUACCACUUAGUAUUUCUAAUACUUUCUCUAUCACUCUUUCUAUGAGGUUUUAAAUGUUUUAACUAUCUCUAUCAAUAGCGAUUUUUAAAUUUUCUAACUCUUCACAUAUUGAAAUGCUUUUUUAUUAUUAUAUAUUCUACACUGUUGUACUUUUAAGAUAGAGUUUCCUAUGAAUCAGGUGUUAAAGAUAUUGCCAUACGAGUUAUUUUGCGCCGCUUUACUUAAAUCGUGCUUAUUUUUGAUGAAUCUAGUUUUUGAUAUACCUAAUAUAUUCUAGUCAUGUCCUAUAAAAUUGUCUUCACUAUAACUAAGAUGGCAUACUUAAAGUAGAUAGUCUUUCAACAAAAUUUGGAUUUCAAAGUCUUUAAAAUUAUAAUUUUAGGCUUUACCGCCAUUACAGUUGCAAUAACGUCUAAAGUUCUCGUUGCAGAGGCAAUGUUGCCAAUAUUCAAGAAGUUCUCAGUGGCAACAUGAAGUUGGAAAGUCUAUAGUGGUUAUCCUUUUUUUUUCGUCUCUCACACGUCAGUUGCCUCGUUGCCUGUUACGCCUAUAUUCGAAUGUAACUGCGAGGGAAUAGAUUGGCUAUGUUUGCGCAGAUUCUAGUGUACUAUAAUAUAUACUAUAUUCUGAUUCUUAUAUAUAUUAUGGGGCGUUAGCGGCGGUCCAGCUAUAACUAUAAAACAACCGUUUUGAUAUUUGAAGAAUUGGUAGUAGGCAUAGUUCAAUCGUUCUAUUUUACUGCAUACAAAAUAUAUAAUGUAUACCUACUCGUAGUAAAGACUCAAAGCUAAAACCUUUUAUUUUAUUUCAUGUACAUUUGCAAAAUACAUUUCUAUAUUAAUUAAUUUAUAUCAUGCCGUCCGCUUUUAGGUAAAUUAAACUACAAUCAGUACACAUCGAACUAGAUUUAUAGAUAAAGCACUAUUUUUUAGGAUUUAUUUUCCAAAGCAAACCAAUAAAUUUAUUAUUAUUUUAAUUACUGUAUUAACAGUUUAAGCUUAAGUUUUAUCUGCUAAUGUUUAAAUUGUUUUCAAAAGAAUAAAUAUUUUAUUAAUUUGUUUACUAUCUGAACUGCACUUAGGUACAAAUAUAUCUGAAAUUUAAUGUAUGUAUUUUUGUUAUAUAUAUAUGAAUAUAUUUGGUUUGAGCGCUGUUCGCGGAGUGAAUUAGCUAACCAUUACUACAACUUAAUGUUUGCGCAUUGCGUCCAAUUCGAAUCAGAGCCAAAGUCUACAAGCUAUAUCUAUUGAUUGCAGUGUGAAAACGUGAAAUGGUUAUACAAAUCGAUUCUAUUUUGAUGUGAUACAUCUAUCGGCACGCAUUGGCAGUGACAUUGCCUCUGUUGCUGUAACGGCAAACAACAUAACGCCGACAUGCCGUAAAGGCAAACGGCAUGACGUUGUCUUGCCGUGAUGCUCCGAUUACGCUGCCGAUAGAUUACCUUGUGACUCGGCAAACGUUGCUCUGCCAUAUAUUUCUUCUUUAAUACUAAAAUUGCGAUAAUAAAUGAGAGAUGGGGCUAGGAAGGUAUUAUGCAUCGAUAGGUCAAAAAUUAAUUUACUAUGGCUACAUACACUACCCAAAUAUACAAACAAAACCAUUAACACCUUCGCUGCGGCACUGAUAUUUCUAAACUUUCCUCUGGUGCGGUACGAAGUCCAUCGACCUCGUAACUCUUGAAUACACUGUAACCUCGUAUAAAGACGCACGAGGUCAAUUGACCUCGUAUCGCAGCGAAUGUGAUAAAAUUGGUGGAGCCGCGAAAGAGUGCUAACACAAACACCCGUACAUGGGAUUUUUAUAUAUUUGAUGUAAGGAUAGAACGCAAAGGAAACUCUGAAAAGCUUUUAACUAUUCCAACAGCUGUUCUAAACAGCUAGGCUCCGUAUAGUAUAUAAAUAGUGUCAAAGUUUUCCACAGUAUCGCGUAUACAAGGACAUCUCUCCUUAUUUUGUUGGGUUUUAAUUUAAAAAUAUUGCCGCGUUUAGUAUUAACUUAUCACAUUGUAAUUAUAUGGUAGCCAUCAUCAGGUAAAAGUAGAAGGUAGUUCGAAAAAAAUUAUAGAUUGGCAUGAAUGUUGAGAAUACAUAUGUAUGAAUAAAGAUCUGUAUUUGUAAAAAAAAAUGUGCAGUCUCCAUGGAUCCUACUACUGCAAUAAAAUUUACUGAUGUUUCUUGCAUUUUUAUGCUUAAUGCCAAAAGUUUCAUUAUAUUUGUUAAUUUAAUGUAAUUAAAGAAUUUGUGUUUACAAAGUUAAAGAUGUCAUUAUUGUUUGUUUAAUAAAAAUACUAUUUCAAGACUAGCAUGAAGAAAACGAUUUUUAAAAUCUAUUAACAUCCAAUUACAAAAUAAAUUAUAAUAUUAUAUUAUAUGUACGUAUACAAUUAUUGUAUUUAUAAAUUGAAUGCAAUAGAACUAAGAAAACGAUGGAGUAAAAAAUGUAAUUAAUAUUAUAAAACUAUUUGGUUAUUUUAUAAUUAAUUUGUACAAUAAAGUUAUCAAAUAAUUUUAUAGAGUGUAAAUAAAAUAUGUAUAAAACAUAAAUAAACAAUGCAAUUGUUCCGUAUAUCUGCACACUAAUAUGAUGUUAUAAUACUCGUAUUAUGAAUGAUAUUUAUUUAUUAUUACAAUUGUUUUUUCUAUAUAUGCACAAUAAUACAAGCAAGCAACUACAUAAAUAAUAAAUAAUUUGUUAUAUGUCUAACCAUGAAAUUUAAAUUUUAUCGUUUUAUAUUAAACUGUAAUAUCUUUACGGAUAUAAAACCCAUAUCGCAGCCUCACGACACGAUCUCCAACCCCAUUCACGAGUCAAAUGACAAACUUACUAGGAUAUACGAGUAACAUUCAGACCGUAAUGUAUUCUGUGCCAGCGCUGCGUAUUGAAUACGUUGCGCUGAGUUGCUUGAUAUUCUCAUUUUGUAACAUUUCUUUGAGCUCGAGCCAGAACGUGACGCCAUAACCAGACGUGCGUCUGAAAUUGAGAAGCACCAAUUAAUGUAUCUCCCAUUUGGAUAAAACACGUAACUAAAAGCUAUACUUUUAUAAAAGAUAGCACCCUGAUGCUUCACCUGCGUAUCUCCCAUUCCUAUGGGAAUACGGGGAUAAAAAAAUAACGUAUGUUACUCGCUAAUGUACCUUUCCAUUGGUUAGUAAAAUUUUUAAAUCGAUCUAGGACUUUUGGAGCUGAUUCGUAACUAAAUCAAACAAUCAAAUCACAUCUUUUUAAAAUAUUACUUUAGAAGUAGCAUUUUUAUUGCUUACUUCACUAUACAAGUUAAGUUAAUGAAAAAAUGUAUCGUCUGUGUGACCCUAUUAUUUAUCAACAAUAAACCAUUGUUUAUAAUAUAAGUUAAAUAUUUUCAGUUGUACUAAAAUUUAAUAAGCAUAUUAUAGAGGACACUCUUAGAAUCUAAUAAAUAAAUAAAAUAAAAAUUCUCUAUACAUUUUCCUGUUCCUCCUAAAUAGGUAGUUGUACUUCGUACCUCUUAGUGAUAAAUUUCGAAUUCCUAUCAAAAGUUUCCAAUUUUUGUUAUAGAAAAAAAUCAUAUUGCUUAAUUAUAAAUUGUAAAAUCUAUCCUUGAUGUUGUAUGUGUGUUGUAAUUAUUAAAGGAAAGGCACGCCAAUCAAACGUUGUAGUUAUUUUGAUAAUUAUUAUUGUUAUUUAUAUGAAUUAAAGUGUUUGUUAAGUACUUA